AUUAGGACCAUCUCUAUUGUCUAGGCGCACCGCUGAGGACGACAAUGCAGAUCUUCGUCAAGACCCUCACGGGCAAGACCAUCACCCUUGAGGUGGAGUCGUCCGACACCAUCGACAAUGUCAAGUCCAAGAUCCAGGACAAGGAGGGCAUCCCACCAGACCAGCAGCGCCUGAUCUUCGCGGGAAAGCAGCUCGAAGAUGGCCGCACAUUGUCGGACUACAACAUCCAGAAGGAGUCCACCCUUCACCUAGUCCUGCGUCUGCGCGGCGGCGGCAAGAAGCGCAAGAAGAAGGUCUACACCACUCCCAAGAAGAUCAAGCACAAGCGCAAGAAGACCAAGCUCGCUGUGCUCAAGUACUACAAGGUUGACGGCGACGGCAAGAUCGAGCGGCUGCGACGCGAGUGCCCGCACGAGACUUGUGGUGCGGGUAUUUUCAUGGCGGCGAUGCACAACCGGCAGUACUGCGGGAAGUGUCAUCUUACGUAUGUGUUCGAUGACCCGAAGUAA